AUGAUGUCGGAGCCGCAGGACCUGGUCCUGAUGAGGCGCGUGCACGCGGGGUUUGUGCCCGUGAAACCCGCGCGUGACACCAGCCCCGUGGACCGAGACCCGUCCCCCCACUACAGCUCUCCUCUGCCCGGGACAGGAGCUCCAAGAAUCGAGGAGGAGAUAGAGCAGGGCCCGAGGAACGACCAGAGAUCAGGGGAUGGACCAGGACUAAGAUCUGGUCAGGGACCAGGACCAGACGUCCUCCAAAACCUGCUCCGGACUGAACCAGAGACCAGCGCCUCAGCGGACCCAGAUGCGUUUCUCCGCACAUUGCCCCGCCCUGUCCCUCUGCGCCCGCCCCCAAGACCUGCCACCCGCUGCCGCCUCAGCCAAUCGUACACCGCGGCCCACUGCCUUCUCAGCCAAUCAGACACCAACAGCUUCGCCUCCAGCCUUCGGGAGCUGGAGAAGUGUGGAUGGUACUGGGGGCCCAUGACAUGGCUCGAUGCUGAGGCCAAACUCCGGGACAAAGCAGACGGGUCGUUUCUGGUGCGGGACAGUUCUGACCCGAGGUACAUCCUCAGCCUCAGCUUCAGGUCCCAGGGGCUGACCCACCACACCCGCAUGGAGCACUACAGAGGCCUCCCCCCCACGCCCGUGCAGCUCCUCUUCCCAGUCUCUCGCUUCAGUUCAGUGAAAACUCUGCAGCAUCUGUGUCGUUUCUGCAUCCGACAAGCUGUGAGGAUUGAUCACGUGGAAGACCUGCCUCUGCCAGGGCCUUUGAUCUCAUACUUGAGGAAGUUCUACUACUACGAUGCGGAGGAGCAGCAGCAGCCGGGCACGUAA